UUUGGCCAUAUUUAGGGCCCGCCCAGCCUGUGUUGGUUUGCUUAGGCCGUUUCAUUUGAUACUGACUCCAAAAAUCAAUUAACUGUAAUUUUGAAUGUCCCUAUAAAACGGCCAUUUAGGCUUCUCGUUUUCGAUCGGCCCUUUCCUAUUCCUUCGAUUACGCACUGGUUCUCUCAGUUUCUCUCUGAGCGAUUGAGGGGAUAAAAGAAUGUCAGGAACGAACGCAGGGGAGGAAAAGAAGCAAGAUCAGGGUGGCACGCAUAUCAAUCUUAAGGAUGGCAACGAGCUUUUCUUCAGGAUCAAGCGCAAUACUCAACUGAAGAAGCUAAUAAAUGCAUACUGUGAGCGCCAGUCUAUUGGUUCGGACUCCAUUGCCUUCCUCUUCGAUGGCCGUAGGAUUGGCGGUGAGCAGACUCCCCAUGAGCUUGAGAUGGAAGAUGGAGAUGAAAUCGAUGCCAUGCUUCACCAAAUCGGCGGGUAACUAAAUUUAUAUUUCUGAUUUUGGGGUGUUCUUGGCUUGGCCAUCUUCUGUAUAUUUGACAUGGCUUUGACAUGAAUGAACAUGUUAAUAUUCUGCUGUGAGUUUUGGCCAAGCUGUGGAGCAUCUGAAAAACUGAUCUAUUAGAAUUGAUGAGCUGCUUAUUAUGCUUUCCAUUGCCUGUUUGUUGAUACUUUGAAUCAUGUUUGCUAUGAACCCUAAUUUACAAGUGAUAUGAGACUGAUAAUUUAUGCAUAAUAGAAACUCUAGUAAUAGUUUUUGAUU